AUGGGAAAAACGCAUAUAUGGGAAAAACGCAUAUAUGGGAAAAACGCAUAUAUGGGAAAAACGCAUAUAUGGGAAAAACGCAUAUAUGGGAAAAACGCAUAUAUGGGAAAAACGCAUAUAUGGGAAAAACGCAUAUAUGGGAAAAACGCAUAUAUGGGAAAAACGCAUAUAUGGGAAAAACGCAUAUAUGGGAAAAACGCAUAUAUGGGAAAAACGUAUAUAUGGGAAAAACGCAAAUUUGGGAAAAACGCAAAUUUGGGAAAAAGGCAAAUGUGGGAAAAAGGCAAAUGUGGGAAAAAGGCAAAUGUGGGAAAAAGGCAAAUGUGGGAAAAAGGCAAAUAUGGGAAAAACGAAAAUAUGGGAAAAACGAAAAUAUGGGAAAAACGAAAAUAUGGGAAAAACGAAAAUAUGGGAAAAACGAAAAUAUGGGAAAAACGAAAAUAUGGGAAAAACGAAAAUAAGGGAAAAACGAAAAUAUGGGAAAAACGAAAACAUGGGAAAAACGAAAAUAAGGGAAAAACGAAAAUAUGGGAAAAACGAAAAUAUGGGAAAAACGAAAAUAUGGGAAAAACGAAAAUAUGGGAAAAACGAGAAUAUUGGGAAAACGACAAUAUGGGGAAAACGCAUAUAUGGGAAAAAGGUAAAUAUGGGAAAAUGGUAAAUGUGUGA